AUGGCUUAUGCUAGUAUCAGUCUUCUCCGGGUUGCAAUCCUUUUUCUUUUGCAACCUUUGAUCGCUAGAAGUGACUUUUUAUCUCCACUUCUGUCUCCUAUCUUUGAUGAUGUGUGCAAAAAAGUGGAAUGCGGGAAAGGAGCCUGCAAGCCGUCUGAUAAUAGCACUUGGGCUUAUGAAUGCGAAUGUGAUCCUGGGUGGAAGCAGAUUAGCUCUGACCAUGAUGAUCAUCUCAAGUUUCUUCCUUGCAUAGUUCCCAAUUGUACCAUGAACUUCUCAUGCAUGGCAGCACCCUCACCUGUACAAGACAAAGCAAGCAAACAUAAUGAGUCGAUUUUUGACCCCUGCUUUUGGACUGAUUGUGGAGGUGGCUCCUGCAACAAGACAUCUAUGUUCACUUACAGUUGCUUAUGCACAGAGGGUUAUAAUAACCUUCUGAAUAUCUCUACCUUUCCUUGUUACAAAGAUUGUGCAAUUGGAAUGGAUUGCACAAGCCUUGGUAUUUCAAUGUCAAACAAAUCAGCUUCUCCGGUUCCUGUUAUGGCUGACAAUGAGUUUAAACCUGAUGCUAGUCCUCCUCUGUUUAACAUUCGUGUGUUGCCUCUUCUCUUUUGCAGCUUCUUCGAUUCUGCAAGAAAAGUUCCAUUGGCUGAUGGCAUUGAUGAUGUUGAUGUCUGUGAUUGA